AAACAAAAAAAAAAAAAAAAAAAUCAAGAUUGAAACCUCAUCAACCACUUUUGCCCCCAAGCAACUUACUUGGCCAGUACCAUAGCGGUUUUUUUUUUUUUUUUUUUUGUUUUUGUUUUUGCUGCUUUUCAUCUUCUGGUUUUCUUCCCUGUAAUGCGAAUGCGCUGUUAGGUGCCAAACCCUUGCGCUACUCAAUGUUCCAGUAAAAAUCAAUACCACCAUGGCGCAGAACACAUCUUCUGGCCGCCGCAUUCCCGCGGUAGCGGUGGCAGCAGCAAAACAUCCCAAAUGGGACCAUGCCAUACCACCCAAGCUCCGCCCACUGGUCCGCGCAUUCUUACUCGGGUACGGAUCGAGCGUGGCGCCCCGCGUGCUCACCCUCCUGCUGCAGCGCCUCAGCCGUCGGUACAAGCGCCCGGAGAAUACCACCGCUCGCCAGCCGCUCCAGCCCUUCUUCCCGGCUCUUUUCCACAUCCUCCGCACCGGGUUCGAUCCGCAACGCUUCCCAGUGUUUUGCGCGGCAUUGGUCGGAGGCAGUACCUUGCUACAGGUUCCCUUGAGACGGGUAAUAGAACGGAUACUAGGCACUCUGGAUGAGUCUGCAAAGCUCCGCUUGUCGAGAUGGCUGGCUACCUUUGUCGCGGCUUGGUGCAGUUUAAGUCUCCUUCAGUCAAAGCCUAGUCCACUUUUCACCGAUGUUGUCGAAGAGCCGUCAGACGACCCUUCAUCCAAGGGCGGGCAAAGAACCAUAAAAUGGGCGGGCCGUACUCUUGACUUGACUCUUUUUGCCGUGACAAGAGCAGUUGAUGUAAUAGUUGGCGAGCUGUGGUCUCAGAGGAGAGAGCGGCGCAUGGCUGCGGGCAAAUGGACCAAGACGGAGAAACUCAUCCAAAAAUCGGCUGAUCCAGCCCUCUUUGCGCUCUCUUGCACGGCCAUCAUGUGGGCCUGGUUCUAUACUCCCACACUCCUCCCACCAGGCUACAAUAAAUGGAUUGGCGCCGCAGCAGCCGUUGACGUGCGCCUCAUUGAGGCUCUUCGACGCUUCCGUACCGGCGAGAUGCAAUAUGGCAAGGACAACGGCCAGGCACCAUUGAUCCAGAGCAUGUGCGCCGACUACAAGUGGCCGAUGGCCUGGGGUGACCCGGCUGCGUCGGUUCCGUUCCCGUGCGAGGUCGUUCAUAUGGGAGUUGGGCCUUCGUGCGAACACCACGCCCUUAGUCGCUUCUACCACUCAUGGCGGUGGUCACUUGCCACGUACCUGCCCCUCAACCUCUUGAUCAUGGCGCGCAACCCAUCCUUCAAGAAUCUCAAGCGGGCCCUCAUUUCGGCCUCGCGGUCAUCAGCGUUCCUGGGGGCCUUCAUCGCCUUCUUCUACUAUGGCGUGUGCCUGGCGCGGGCGCGGGUGGGCCCGCUGAUCGUGGGCAAGGACAGGGCUGCCCGGCAGCGCAUCGACAGCGGGAUCUGUGUCGGGACCGGCUGCGUACUGUGUGGCUGGAGCAUCUUGCUCGAGCACCCGGGGCGCAGAAAGGACAUGGCGCUAUUCGUGGCGCCGAGGGCACUUGCGACGUUCCUGCCGCGCAAAUACGGGAUGGACAAGCAGUGGAGGGAGAAUUUGGUAUUUGCCAUCAGCACGGCCGUGGCCUUCACCUGCGCAAUGGAGAACCAGGCGAGGGUGAGGGGCGUGUUGGGGAACGUGCUGGGGUCGGUGUUGAAGGCCUAGUCUGGACUAGCGGGUACAUUAUCAUGAUGGCUGACUAUUCUUAUCUCGGGCCGGUCUGUCGAGGGCCCGGGAAUGUUGUAUUAUUAUGCAUUGGCUAUAGAAGUGCAAAAAAAAAAAUAGGAAUGGAAAGAAACAGAGGAGAAUCAUGCUGAGUAGUGAAAGCUGCUUAGAGGUCAUAUGACAGUGGGUUCCUCAGAGCUAGCAGUCAUCCAUACCCAGCCCUGUUUUCACCCAAAUCAGUCAGAUUCCUUCAAGGCCGCCUUAUAAAUAGACUGAUUGUCACACA